CAGGGGCAUUUGCAAAGAACUCAUCCUAACAAACAAAAUAAAAAUUUCAAAUGCAAGUUUCUGAAGGCACCUUCGGUCUCAGGGUUGAUAGCAACCUCAUCACAAAAAUGCGACGAUGGUUUGAUAGCUUAUAAUAGUGCUAAUUCUGGGAAAGCUCAUACCAUCGGCUCAGAGUUGAUACUGUCGGUUGUCAAAGAAGUUUUAGAAACAGCUUUAUACCAUCCAGCUGCAUCCAAUGUAAUCAAAAAUAUCCCUUUAAGCAACGAUACAGUGCGGGAACGAAAUUAUGAGAUGGCUGAAGACGUUGAAGUUUCUUUAUGCAAACCUUUGAUAUCCAGCGAAUUUUCCCUUCAAGUUGAUGAAUCAACGUUACCAUGCAAUGUAGGUUUUACUGUAGGCGUAGGUACGGUUUGUAAAGAUAGGAAAAAGUAUUCUCUAGAUGCUUUUUACAAAAAGCUUGAUUGUAGAUACCAAAG